AUGAGCAGUACUAAUCAAACAUUUUUGCCUGCGUCUGCAAAAGAAAAUGACGUCCUGUCUGACAAAGGGGCAGCACAACCCAGGAAAAAGGAAGAGGAAAACCUUACCGGAAAUUUAGUAGAAACUGAAAUGAACAUUCCUUCAAAGAAAUGUGGGGUCUUGAGCUGGUCACAAGGUGGUGGUAGAGAUAUUGAAAAUGUCACUUGUGUUCUUGACCUCUCCAAGUGUCCUUUCAUUCAGGGUAAAAUAUUGUUUGCUCAGUGCAAAGACGCUGGCUUUUCAUUUAUCCAUGAUGUCAGCAGUCAUUGGGCCAGCCUCUCCACUGGGAACUGCAUCCCCACUCCCCACCCCGCUGUCAAGGAGAAGGCUUUGCGUGCCCUGGAUAACUUGAACGCGAGGGCUGAAAAUCAGAGCCAGAUUAAGAUGUACAUCAGUGAAGUGUGUCGGGAGACUGUGUCACAUUGCUGCAACUCAUUUCUGCAUCAGGCCGGAUUAAAUUUGCUAAUGAGCAUGACAGUUAUUAAUAACAUGCUUGCCAAGUCCGUUGCAGACUUGGAGUUUCCUUUGACACCAGAGGGAAGAGGAUGUGCUGAGGUUCAGGGUUUGAAACCGUUGACGGGUUUGUCUGAAAAGCCAGUCUUGGCAGGGGAAUUGCUGGGUGCCCAAAUGCUGCUGUCAUUCAUGUCCCUCUUUAUCAGGAAUGGAAACAGACAGGUUCUGCCGGGCACCAUGGCCUCUUAAGUGGCCAUCCUGAACGCACUGGAACUGAACCCGCCCAAAAGCCAUUUGGUGAAUACAUGCCCACUUGUGCUCCCACUCAAAGACUCUGCAGUCUCAAAGAUCCAGCCUCAGCCAAUCGCCCCACCCUGGCGUGAAAGUCACACUUGCUAAGUGGAGGAGCACACUCUGUUUGGCCAGGCAGGGGCUCAAAGAGCUUUGAGUAGCUUCUUGGCGGUGCAGUCCGCAGGCAGUGCGCAUUGACAACUACUCCCUUACAGCAGCCUUCUUCUUGUGGUAAAAGGGGUCAUUUCAGCUGCCAGCUGCGGAUACAGAGCAUCAUAUUAUAGCAUCACGAGGGAUGCCUUUCCUGUGCUGGCCUCCCUGUCUAAGCUGGACCGUUUCGUGGAGACCAGCUACAUACCCGAGUUUGUGCUGAACAUGCAUUUGUUGCGGUUUAGGUUGAAUUCUCUUUCAUCUACUCUUUCCUCCAUGUGAGCUGAUGGACGGCAAGCCUAUUCUUCAAAAGAGUACACUCCCUUUCUAUGUGCUGCACUGACUUGACCUCAUCCACCCAUGCCUACAUGUGUAUGUAUCAUCAAUAAAGUCGUGUGCUUUGAUGGGCAAAAACGGGGCAUGGAACGUGUCCUUGAACUUACAGUCUGCAUGAAGAGAAAGACACAGAAACAUGGUCAGCGCUAACUAACUGGGGCAUCUGCUGCCUGACAGAUGCACGCUGAUCAGUGCUCACAGGAGGCAGAGGUAGAGGUGGGCUGCAGUGU